UGUUCUGUUGACAAGAAAAAGCUAAAGACAAAUACAAAGUAGAGAGAGAAAAGGAGUUAAAAAGAAACCCAUAAAAAAAAAAACAAACGAAACUGAGAAAGAGAAAGCAGAGUGUUGAACCAAAAAUUGUAAGAGAAAAAACAAAGAUUUCUGUUUGGUUGGAGGGUUGAAACAUCUUAAGUCUGUUUUGGCUAUCAACAUCAUUGCCCCCUUUUUACAGCUUUUACUUGCAAAGCUCUCUCUCUUUUUUUUUUUUCACAGUUUCCGCUUCCAAUUCUCUCUCACUUUCAAUCUCUGUCUUUGUACUUUUUUUUUUCUUUUUAAGCGGUUUUGGCUCUCUUGGUUUUGUUUUGAAGUUUUAAAAGCAGUGGAUAAACUUGAAAAGAUUGAAAACUUUGGCUUUGUGAUCUCUGUUUUUGCUCUGUUUUCUUAUCUGGGUUGUUUCGAUUGCUUAUUUUAUCAAUGACCAUGGAGGAGAAAAUGGGUGGUUCCAUUGGUGAGGAUGGCGGCAAGGACCGGUUUCCAGUUGGCAUGCGUGUUUUAGCCGUUGAUGAUGACCCUAUUUGCCUUAAAGUCUUGGAAAAUCUGCUUCGUAAAUGCCAAUAUCAAGUUACUACGACCAAUCAGGCAAUCACAGCCCUCAAAAUGUUGAGGGAAAACAAAAACAGAUAUGAUUUGGUUAUUAGUGAUGUUAAUAUGCCAGAUAUGGAUGGCUUUAAGCUUCUUGAGCUUGUGGGGCUUGAAAUGGACCUACCUGUAAUCAUGCUGUCAGCACACAGCGAUACCAAGCUUGUAAUGAAAGGGAUUACCCAUGGUGCUUGUGACUACUUAUUGAAGCCUGUUCGCAUUGAGGAGCUAAAAAACAUAUGGCAACAUGUGGUCAGAAGAAAGAAACCUGACUCUAAGGAUCAAAUUAUGGCCCCAAAUCACGAUAAGGCUGGGGGAGGGACUGGAGAAGCUGGUCAAACAUCAACGGGCAGUUCUGACCAAAAAGUCAAUAAGAAGCGAAAGGACCAAAGUGAAGAUGAGGAAGAAGAGGGUGAAGAUAAUGGACAUGAGAAUGAGGACCCCUCAAACCAGAAGAAGCCUCGAGUUGUUUGGUCUGUAGAGCUGCACAGGAAGUUUGUUGCAGCUGUCAACCAAUUGGGUCUUGACAAGGCUGUUCCAAAGAAAAUUCUUGAUCUUAUGAAUGUUGAAGGGCUCACAAGGGAAAAUGUUGCGAGCCAUCUACAGAAAUAUAGGCUUUACCUUAAAAGACUCAGCAGUGUUGCAACCCAGCAAGCAAACAUGGCCGCUGCAUUAGGCAGUAAAGAUCCUUCUUACUUGCGUAUGGGUUCACUGGAUGGCUUUGGAGAUUUUCGCUCAUUGAAUGGACCUGGAAGACUUUCAACUGCUUCUAUAUCAUCGUAUCAACCGGGUGGAAUGUUUGGUAGACUGAACUCCUCAGCUGCUUUAAGCCUACGUGGGAUUUCUUCUGGUGUUAUUCAACCGGGUCAUUCUCAAACCUUGAACAAUUCCAUCAAUGGUCUUGGGAAGAUCCAGCCAGCUGUGUUACCUGCAAACCAGAAUCAAAAUGGAACUUUCAUUCAAGGGAUCCCAACAUCAAUAGAGCUCAACCAACUGUCACAGAACAAGUCCAUUAACCGCUUUGGAGAGUUUAAUCGUGUUAAUGAUCCAAAUGUUUUUGGUGUUGCUACUAACUUCCCAGAUGCCAGAAUGAUAGUUGGUAGUUCAAGCAAUUCUCUAUCUACUGCCUCGGGCAACCAUUUGUUGUUGCAAGCAAACGUACAACAAAUUCAGCAUAGUGGUGCAUUUGGAAAUCAACCAUCUGUUGGUGUGACAUCACUGAAUCAGGAAUCAUUUGACGUGGGUGUUCGUGGUUCUUCUAAUUUUCUUGAUCAUGGUAAAUGCAGUGAAAACUGGCAGGUUGCAGUUCAAUUAUCUAAUUUACCAUCAGGUUCAUUGUCGACAAGUGAAGGUUUCAGUCAUGAGCAGUUGCCGACUAAUAAUUUGCAAGAAAGCAUCUCUUGGACGAACUCUCACCUUAGUAACAGCCCUAUUGAUCUUUCUUCUUCUGUGGCAAAUUCAGCCCGUUUGGAGGACUCUAGAGGAGACACACAGUGCCAAGUGGGUCUAAAUAAUGUCAUUCAGAAUAUAGAUUACACAGCAAAGCAACAGUGGGGAGAUCACAGACAGGAUUAUAAUGGAAAUUUAAAUCAUUCAUUCCACAGGGUAGACUCCCUAGUUUCUGCAAGUGGUUCUAUGAUGGACCAAAGCAAUGCCAUCAGCAGUAAAACAACUGAUGUUUCUUUGUUCAGCCAACUAAGUGGUGGCAUUCCUUAUGUUGUUGAGCACCCUCAGGGUGAGAAAUCAGCUUUCGACACAAAAUUGAGGUCCAACGAGGACUUCCUCUUCGACCAGACAAAGCCACAGAAUGGUUUCAGUCAAAAUAAUUUUGAAUCUUUGGAGGUUAUAAUGAGUUCCAUGAUCAAACCGGAGCAAAACAAUGAAACUGCAUUGAUGGAUGGGGAAUUUGUAUUUGAUGCAUUCCCCCUCGGCUCAUGUAUAUGAGACAGUUGAUGCUGAUUCUCAGAUUAAAGACGGUGUCUGAUUCUCAGAUAAAAGACGGUGACAAAGGCAUAAACCUACUCCUCUUUAUGGGAGUCUGUAUCAUUAUGUAAUUUAUUCUCUUUUGCUCCAUUUGUUUCUGGUUGAAAUUGAUGACACCAUCCUCCUCCUUUUUGGUAUUCUUUCUUCUUGUCCUUUACACAUUGAUGGAAUGGUAGCUUGAGAAAUUUACAGUUUCUCAGUUUUUCUUAGUUUUAUUUGUAUCUUGUUUCUCAUAAUUUUUUCAAAGGUAGUAGUUGUUGUUAAAGCAUUUAUCCUGCUG